CUCAUCACCAACUACUAUCUUGGAUUUGGAGAUGGUGCGGCUUUUGCUAUUAGAAGACCUGAUUGUGUAACCCUGGAUGAGGGCAGCAAUCUUGGCUUGGUAUUGGGAAGUUAUGAACAAAUAGGAUCGAUUGGAAUCGCAACCAAGCCGUCGUUAGAUGGCAAAACCGGAGUUAAUGGAACGUCUCUCAUCUUGCCAACCAAGGAAUUCACGAAUCAUUUUACGAAUAAAGAAUCGAUUUCAAUUUCAAUUCCACAAGAAGUUUGUUUCAAUUCCUAUGGAUAUUUUAGCAAUAUGGAAAGCAAUUCUGAUGUGAUCACGUUGGCAACAUUCAAGGGUCUCGUUAAUGCAGCAAUAAUCAAAUGUAACAUAGGGACCGGAAACGUUAUCCUGUGUGGGAUUGACCCAUUCUCAUCAACCGCAGAUAGUCGAGAAACAGUGGGACAAGAUAAUGAACAUGCGAUGCGAAAGCAAUUCAUUCGAUCCCUAUUAACGAUAUUGGGGAUAAUGUCAACAGAUAUAUUAAUUCCCAACCUAUCCAAAGAGAUAUAUUUGGUAGCUUUGAGACCUGCGAUAAAAGAUCUUUUGUUACACAACAUUAAGAAGUUGGAAGAAUCUGAUGGGAUGAUCAAGGCCGGACACAAUUCCUUCCGCGCAGUCGAAUCAAGUAGUUAUGAAUAUAAAGAAGAUUGCGUUAAUGACCCAGAUCCUCAAGCACUCAAGAUAGUAGUUGGUGAUGAGCUGCCGCCUUCGUCAAAAACUCCGUGCUUUAACUUUGAAAGGUAUUUCCAUGAACUGAGUAACGCAAGAAGUUCCACGGACACCUUUAAAUUUCAUAAUUUCGAGUUUGGAUCUUUGGUGUUAUACGGAGAGGUUUUGGAAAGUACUCAAGCUUUGCUCGAAAAGAAUAUCAAGUUCACGCAACAAUUACCAGGCGGAUUCGUCACACUGGCCACUCAACAAACUCAGGGAUACGGUCGUGGUGGAAACACGUGGAUAUCACCUCCAGGGUGCUUGCAAUUUUCUUUUGUCAUGAGACAUUCGGUCAAUAAUCAAUCUGCCUCGGUUGUAUUUAUACAAUACCUCUUAUCAUUAUCUGUGGUAGAAGCCGUGAGGACCAAACCUGGUUACGAGGAUGUACCAUUGAGGCUUAAAUGGCCAAACGAUAUCUAUGCCGAAAUAUUCAACGAUCCUUCCGCAUCACCAGAACUCGUUAAGAUUGGCGGUGUCCUCGUGAAGUCCGAAUUCUUCAAGAACGAAUUUCUAUUGAUUUCGGGUUGUGGUGUGAACUUGAGCAAUGCCGCGCCGACGACGUCGAUAAAUCAAAUAAUAGAUAAGUACAACGAAUCUCACCAUACCUCAAGGCAAUUAAAACCUUUUUCACAGGAAGAGUUAUUGGCGAGAAUCUUGGUUAAAUUCGAGCUGUUUUACACGGAGUUUUGUGGGAACGGAAGUGGUUAUGAAUCAUUCUUGGAUGUUUAUUAUGAGAGAUGGUUGCAUAGUGAUCAAGUUGUAACUUUAGAGAAUCAUGAAAACCGUAGGGCACGGAUCAUUGGUAUAGACAAUUUUGGGUUUCUGAGAGCUUUCAUAUUGGACUCGAACGAGGUGGUUACGUUGCAGCCGGAUGGAAAUCGUUUUGACAUAAUGAAAGGCAUGAUCA